UGACGCAUGUGCUAUAUUAACCACAAACAAAAGUUUGAUGUAGAUAUCCAAAUAUUUAUGGCUAAACCUGGUAUUCCAAUUGGACAAAAAAAAAAUAUUUUAAAAGAAGAAACACAGAUUAAAAGUGUUAGUUAAAUUCAUAAACGGUAAUAUUUUUACAAAAUAAAAAUUAAAUAUUGAAAUAUAUAAUUAUAAAGAAAGCUGUUCCAUAAUUAUAAAGAAAGCUGUUCCAUAAGAACCAAUCAGUUGAGCAAAAGAAGUCUUCAGGAAAAUGUGGGUCAGCCUCAAGAUGACUGCUCUAAAUUUUGUAGUGGUCUUCUCACUGCUAGCUUUUGCUAUUGGUGGAAGAAUGUACAAAAAGAACGGACAUAUUUAUAAAGCAACAUGGAAUCAAGAAGUUCUGAAACAGAUUCCAGAUGCUAGUCCUAUCUGCUGUGCAGGCCUCUGCAAUAUGGAAAAGGAAUUCUGCAACUCUUUUCAUUACAACAAAACUUCAAAACUCUGCUCCUUGGCAAAUUUGACCAAAUUGGAAGAUGUCCUCUUUGCUGAAGAUGGAAUAGAUGUCUUCAUUGAUCUGGAAUUCUUGAAACAUCUGGUGUCUGAAUGCCCUGCAAAUAAGCCAUAUUCAUUUGACAAUCGGAGCAAAUGUUGUGAGGAUAACCUGGAGGAAAACUAUACAACUAAGUUUCCUGGAUUACUGACUCAAAAAAGCAAAUCUUGCAGUGGAAAAAGUGUGGUAUGUAAAUCAGGAAUAUGCAAAAGAAGCAAAAUUGUUGAAUCAGUCAGCCCCUUUCAGGUUUUGGACAUAGAUUUGCAAUUGGGCAAUAUAACUGUUGUUGGCGUUACUUCCAAAUCUACAGCUGCUGAAUGCGGCAUAGAAUGUGACAACAAUGAAGAUUGUCAGGGCUGGACUUACAAUGCACAAAAUUGGGCUUGUUACAUCAAACAGUUCAAUGGUGUUGAAACAUAUUUUUCUCCUUUUGACACACCAGGUGUAGCAAUAUCUGGUUAUAAACCAUCAUUUACUGGACUCACUCUAGAUGAUUUUUGAAUAAUCAGUUAAAAAUUUUAAAACAUAUUUGUAUGUUUUGAACAAAGUACACACAUUUUAAAUCGUUUGUUCAAAAAAAUAUGAUGGUUUUUUUGCUAAACAAAUGAUGAAAGUUUAUUUAAUGAAAGAACAAUUUAUUAAACAAACAAUUUCACAAGACAUUUGCCUAGUGAAACAAUUAAUGAAAUAUAGAUUGUGAAUGAACAAUAUUUUUAAGAAGCCAAUCUUUACUUGCCCUGGGUUUAAUUUUGCCUUUCUUAAUUAUUAGAGAAGUCCCAUCAUGCUUUUUAUUUUUAUUAAAUGCACCCCUUUUUAUAGAAUGUCAACCCUCCCCAGCUUUAAGAAAUUAUUUCUUUUCUAAAAUCAGAAUAUGCAAACUAUCCACCUCCAUGAAUAUGCAAACUAUCCACCUCCAUGGCCCAAAUAAACCAUUUAAAUCAUUUUGCCAAUAUGAUUAAUAAACUCAGAUUAGUUAACCCUUUUGCAACAAAAAAGAAAUGCGAUGUGGUGUUGUUAAAACCAAGAACUCCAUUAUUGGCUAUUUAUCUUUGUAUGGGAACACCAAUGUUGGACAUUUUUAGCAGUUGUAGGCAAAACAAAUAUUUAUUUAAUAUAGCAGAAUAAAAAUCACUGAAGCUGAAUUUUCCAUUGCAUUACGUUUUUUUGUUUAUAAUGAUAAAUAAUUCAGAAUAUUUCUAGUUCCUUGGAUAAAGAAAAAAAUAACAAAAUAAUUAAAAAUUUUGAUAUAAUUUAUUCAAUAAUAUUGAUGUGAUCGCCCGAUUACGUGAUUUUGAAUAACAUAUACAAUCCUGAAUUUUACAGUCUAGCUUUUCAAGAUUCUAUGGUCCUCCAAUUACUUCCAAUUUAUUUGUAAUUUGUCUGUAAUUGACAAGGCUUUACAUACCAUGUCACUUAACCUGCAGAUAUUUUUAUUUUUAACAAUUUAUCCCUACAUGAUUUGGCAAUUUUUUUCUGCUAGUUUAUUUUCAAAUUUAUAUGGUUAUUUCAUAAAAUUUUUUUGUUUUUUAAAUAUGUGUAUACACAAGUUUUACAUAGCUUUGUGGUAAGCAAUGUCUACAAUUUUUUCUUAAAGUUUUUCAGGAUUUUUCCAAAAUAAUACAAUAAAAUAAAGGCGUCUCCUGUUAAAUUGGAA